CACGGAAGUGUGUCCUCCCCUUCAAGCCUCACGACCAGCGCAAGGGAGUACUGUAUUUGAUGGAGCACGCGCGUCGAGCGGAUUCUAGACUUGUCUGCGAAUUCUAGUCUAGACUUGGCUGUAGAUCCUAGGCUUGGCGUCCGGGCUGUUACUGUCUUAAUUAAUUACCCGUAUUGUUGCCAAACUCCGCCUGGAGCGGCUGAAAAUGAUCCCUUCAGCCGUCCAGCAGCAUCAUCGGCCAUUCUUCCUCAUAGUAGCCUAAGGAUCAUUAACUUAUGCCGGCAUCCCACUUGUGGCCUACUCUCCUAUUUAUUCCUACCUUAUCUCCUACUGUGCCCCGCGGGCCCGCUUGUAGCUCAACUGACAGUCUUUUAGAUAUCUCCGGGAUCGGGGGAUAUCUUUGACGUCCAGCACCAUUUUUUGUUCCGAUGGAUCCCCUUAGUCCACUGUCCACCAAAAUCCCCGCUGCGGCCGCUCUUCCUCUGCUGCGAAUCGUCUUCGCCAGCGGAACGUCCGGUUCUUGUUCUCCGCUGCCGCUGCUUCCCCGUUUCCACUCCUCUUCCGCCACCUCCGAUACCCACUCCGCGCAUCCCCUGCCGCCGUGCGAUCUUGACCGCUUAGCCGCGCCAUCUGCGCAUCAGCAAGCGUUGGAUUGCGCUGAAGGGAGCCCGUAUUCAGCUCCUGCUUCUGCCGUGGUUGGGCUUACCGGGGGGGGCGCGUCUGGGAGGUGGGACGAGCGUCGCCAUGAUGAAAAGCCGCAGCAGAAGCUGCUGCAGCCAUGUAGCUCUUUUGAGUGCAGCCAAGGCGACGGCUUCGCUAACGAGAGUUGGCGGGAGAAAGGCAGCGGCAGCGGGACCACUGGCGGCAGAAGCAGCAGCAACAGCAGCAGCAGCAUCAAAGCGAGGCGAGCAGGGGGAAGACAUGGCGUACUAGCGGACACCAUGAGUCAGGAGGCCGGGAAACGCGCUCUCGCUUUUGGAACAUCGCAAAUGCGCCACGCGCUCGUUUAUAGAAGCAGCGGUAUUGUCGCAGCCGCCAGCAGCAGCACGUUCGUUCUUCCCUUCGCGUCGCGCCCUGCAGCAGUGGCCGGGUUAGUCGGUUCCUCCGCUUCCGCUUCCUCUGCCGCCAACGCUGCCUUUUUCGCCCGCCGGAUCUCCCGCUGCUUCUCUGCGCAGGCGCAACCAGCAGUUGCGCAGGUCCUCUCCCUGGAAGCUCCGCGCGUCAGCAGCGGAGCGGCCUUCCCCGCGGUCAGCAGGGAUGGCGGAGGAGCGAGGGCGGCAUUAACAGCCGCCCCCGCCGAUUCCGCCUCCGCCAACCGCGGAUCCCCCGCUACCGCCGUUUCCCCCGCUUUGGGGGAGGCGGAGGUUGAUCCGAACACGACACUCCCUGUGCCCGUGCAGACGGAUAGGCUACCUGUCAUGCCGGAAUCUCGCCCCGUGAUCGAAGACGUGCCUCACCUUGCCAACUGGAUCCCGGAUCUUCGGCUGUAUCCGAGCCCUCUGCAGCGCAACCCGGCAUACGCACACGUGGAAACGUUCUUCGUGGAGGAGGAUCAGGUGGUGAGUCGCGAGGUGAUCACGUCCAUCAACAACAUCGGCACCGGCGUCUUCUUCCGCAAAGCUGGCCCCAGAGAAAAGAUCGUGUUUCACCCGGACGAGGUGCGCGCGGCGAUCGUGACGUGCGGGGGGCUGUGUCCGGGCAUCAACACGGUGAUCCGCGAGCUCGUGUGGGGGCUGUGGUUCCAGUACGGCGUCCGGGACAUCCUCGGCAUCGACGGCGGGUACCGCGGCAUCUACUCGCGCAACGUGGUGUCGCUCAACCCCAAGGUGGUCAACGACAUCCACAAGCGUGGCGGCACGUUCCUCGGCACGUCCCGGGGCGGGCACGAGGUCAACAAGAUCGUCAACGCGCUGGAAGACAGGGGUAUCAACCAGAUCUAUGUGAUCGGAGGGGACGGCACACAGAGAGGCGCCGAGAAAAUCCACGAGGAGAUCGCAGCGCGGGGGCUCAAGGUGACGGUGGCGGGCAUCCCCAAGACGAUCGACAACGACCUGGCGCUGAUCGACAAGUCGUUUGGGUUUGACACGGCGGUGGAGGAGGCGCAGCGCGCCAUCAACGCCGCGCACGUGGAGGCCAGCUCCGUGCACAACGGCGUGGGGCUCGUCAAGCUCAUGGGGCGCUUCUGCGGUCAGAUCGCCAUGCAUGCCACUCUUGCCAGCCGUGACGUGGACUGCUGCCUGAUUCCCGAGGUGCCCUUCCACCUGGAGGGCGAGGGGGGCCUCUUCGAGUUCCUCAAGCGCCGCCUACGGGAAAGCGGGCACGCGGUGCUGGUGGUGGCAGAAGGCGCCGGCCAGGACAUCAUGGCGGAUGCGCUCGACCUGCAGCCGUCGCCCUCCUCCCACUCCCCCUACAACCCCGCGCCCUUCUCCUCGUCCUUCGCUGCGUCCGCGCCAUUCCCGUCGGCGUCGUCGCCCAGUGCGCUCGCAGGGGCGGGAGGGGCCGGGGGCACGAGCAUGGGCAUGGGCAUGGGGAUGGAUGGGGGGGGAGGGGGGACGGCGGCGGUGACGGCGGCGGCAGUGGCGGCAGCGGCGGGGGGCAUGGCGACGGCUGUGGCUGGGAUGGGGCGGAGGGGGCUCACUGAUGAGUCGGGGAAUGCAAGGCUCAUGGACAUUGGGCUCUGGCUGUCGCAACAGAUCAAGGCGCAUUUUGCCAAGACUCGGAUCGAGCUCAACCUCAAGUACAUAGACCCCACGUACAUGAUCCGCGCAGUACCGGCGAACGCGAGUGACAACAUCUACUGCACACUGCUGGCGCACAGCGCCAUCCACGGGUCCAUGGCGGGAUUCACUGGCUUCACUGUGGGGCCCAUCAACGGCCGCCAUGCAUACAUCCCCAUUAAGUGCGUGUCGGAGAAGAGCAACACGGUGUCUCUGACGGACCGCAUGUGGGCGCGGCUGCUGUCGUCCACCAGCCAGCCCACGUUCCUGCGCUACGACGACCACCACCUGCACCACCAGCAGCGCCUGCUAGCGGCGCAGCAGGAGCACCGCCAGGCGCUGCGCGAGCGCGAGGGGGACGACGAGGGGCGGCUGCUGGGGCCCAGCAGGCGCGACCAGAUCAGCGACAUGGAGGGGGGCCGGGGCAUGGGGGGAGGGGGCGGGUGGGGCGACAGGCGUGGGGGGGCGGAGGGGGGUAUUGAAGUUGUGAAAGAGGGGCGAUAGGCAUUUGAGCCGACUCAAGGAGGGGGGGGAUGAGGGGCGGCUGCUGGGUCCCAGCAGGCGCGACCAGAUCAGCGACAUGGGGGCGAGCGGGGCAUGGGUGGGUGGGGGGGGUGUGGGGCGACAGGCGAGGAGGAGGCGGAGGGGGGUAUUGAGGUCGUGAACGGGGAUGAUCGGUGGAGCUGGAGGCGUUAAUUAUGGAGUCGGCUCAAGCAUUGGGGAAUUGGGAUACUGAGGCCGCGAAUUGGGGAUGGUCUGUAGAGCUGGAGGCGGCCUGGCUGCUACACAGCCAGUCCCCAUUCCUUCCUAUAUAUGCCAUGCUGCUGCUGAUUCCAAGGCAGCUGGGCAGAAGACACUGCCCCGUGGUGGUGCGUUGGGGGGGUUAGUGAAUCUCCGCUGGGGAUAGAAGCAGCGUCUGUUGGGGUUCCCUGGAAUCACCACCACCUGCCUGCCAGCAGAGGAACUGGGUCUUCCACAGGGCCAUCACGGGACACCUCCAUGCCUGCUCUUGCUGGCGUUGUGUGUAGCGAGCUGCGAGCUGUGAGGCGAACCAUCAUGAGUAGCCUAGCAGUGACUAGCCGCUGUGGCUCGCCUCGGCAGGCCGUGUGGGGCGGUAGUAGUAUCUGCUGGGGGGAGUGGGUGGCUGGGAGGAGGCAUGACCAGGGGGCAUGACUCGUGAGGUGCUGGCAGCAGAAGGUUCAAGGGAUAGGGGCAGUAGUGGGGAGAGAGCGGGGGAAGGAAGGGAGGGAGAGAACGGUGGGUGGGGUGCAGUGUUUGCAGAUUCGACGUGGGUUUGAUUUUGGUGGUGGGGGAGGAGCUUCUCUAGGUGCUGGUUAUGACUCUGGGUAUGGAGGAGUGGAGAGGGGAGCGAGUGAGUGACCGGUGAUCAAUGACCAGUGACCAGACCACUGCUUGUUGAGGUUUCUUUUGAGUCGACUCAAAUCGCAAGUCACCUCGUUUCCUAACAGUUUUUUUCUUCCACCUUUGCCUUCUUCCUUCCCCCUUUGCCCUUCGCUCACGGGUCAUUUGUGUUGCACCGCCCAGCCCUGCUGUGCCUUGUGGCAUCGUUAUACAUCUUUCUUAGGCCGGGGGGGGUGUGGGUCAAAUCAAGUCACUUAUACUGGUGUGCUGUGCAGUACAGGCACUGCUUUUUCUGCCAUUUAAACUCAUUUAAACGAUACAUUGUACCUAGAUUGACAGCAUGUGGGACCAUUUAGUAUCUUGACUUAGGGGCACCUUGAUGGUACCGUAAUCCCCCGGAUAUAACUGUCAAAUGUAACUUAUGUAGUUACUGUAGACUAUACUGGAUUGUGCGAGGGUACAACCCCUAGUCUAUAUA